AUGGAUAUCUACACCUCCACGUUAUCGCCGGCGGUGGACAUCGGCACAGGUUGCUACCUGCUGGUUGUAGCUGUUCUCUCCAUCGUGGGAAACAUGCUUGUACUUAUCAUGGCAGUCAAAAGGUCGUCAAGUAUGAAACCCCCGGAGCUGCUGAGCGUGAACCUGGCGGUGACAGAUUUGGGAGCAGCUGUCACCAUGUACCCCCUGGCCGUGGCCUCUGCCUGGAGCCACCGCUGGAUCGGGGGGGAUGUUACGUGUGUCUUUUACGGCCUGGUCGGGUUCCUCUUCGGCGUCGCCAGCAUCAUGAACCUGACCAUCCUGGCCAUAGUGCGCUUCAUUGUGUCCCUCAAUCUGCAGUCACCCCAUGAGAAGAUCGGCUGGAGGAAGGUGAAGAUGCUGUGCAUGUGGACCUGGCUGUACGCGCUCAUCUGGGCUCUGUGCCCCAUCCUGGGCUGGGGACGGUACGGCCCGGAGCCCUUUGGACUGUCCUGCUCUCUCGCCUGGGGACAAAUGAAACAUGAGGGAUUUUCAUUUGUUAUCUCCAUGUUCUCUUUCAACCUCCUCAUGCCUACUGUCAUCAUCAUUUUCUGUUACUUUGGCAUCGCCAUCAAGCUCUAUUUCACCUACAAGACGUCUAUGAACAGCAACCGAGUCCCCAAUAUCAUCAAGCUCCAUCGGAGGCUGUUAGUGAUCGCCGUGCUCAUCAGUGUAGGCUUCAUAGCCUGCUGGGCGCCUUACGGCAUGGUAAGCCUGUGGUCUAUUUUCCGUGACAGUAGCACCAUCCCUCCUGAAGUCACCCUCCUCCCGUGCAUGUUUGCAAAGAGCUCCACCGUAUACAAUCCUUUGAUCUACUACAUCUUCAGCCAGAGCUUCAAAAGGGAGGUAAAGCAGAUGCACUGUUUCUGCACCGGCCCUAACCUAUGCCACAUCUCCAACAGCGUCCACGACAACAGCAUUUUUAUGGUCAGCGCUGAAGUCAAGUCCAAAGUGGAAGCACGGUCUACUGUGCAAGAGAUCGCGGACUGA